GCCGGGUCUAGGACUGACCAAUCAGCGCGCAGGAGCGGCCGGCCUCAUGGAGUAUAUAAGCCAGGGACCCAGAUCAGAGCGGCAUCGUGCGGCUUCGGCUUUCGAGAAACAAGCGGUCCUUAAAGGUUUAGACGACAAAAUCUAAUAGCAUAAUGGCUUACUCUUGGGACAACCGCGUCAAGUAUGUUGUGAGGUACAUGUACGACAUUGACAACAACGGCUUCCUCGACAAGAACGACUUUGAGUGUCUCGCUCUUAGGAACACGCUUAUUGAGGGCCGUGGUGAGUUCAACGAUGCUGCCUAUGCCAACAACCAGAAAGUCAUGUCCAAUCUGUGGAACGAAAUCGCCGAGCUUGCUGACUUCAACAAGGACGGAGAGGUGUCCGAUGAUGAGUUCAAGCAGGCCGUAAAGGCGCACUGCAGCGGCAAGACGUUCGAGAACUUCCCAAGUGCUUUCAAGUCAUUCAUUUCCGCCCAAUUUAAGACUAUUGACGUAAACGGUGAUGGCCUCGUUGGUGUUGAUGAGUACAGGCUGGACUGCAUCUCUAGGGCUGCUUUCUCCAGCAUCAAGGACAUCGACGACGCAUACAGCAAGCUCACAACUGAUGACGACAAGAAGGCUGGCGGCAUCAGCCUCGCACGCUACCAGGAGCUCUACGCUCAGUUCAUCUCUAAUCCCGAUGAGUCCUGCAACGCCGUCUACCUUUUCGGACCCCUGAAGGUAGUGGAGUAAAUGUGCGUUUGAGGCUACCCAGACGCUGCCCCCCACGCGCGAGGCCCAGCGCUGUGGGUGACAUCCUGCUCAUGAGCAUCCCGGGUCGGCCUUAGUGCCCGCCCUUCACACCCACCAGUGACCAGUACCUCACCGCAUCAUUUUUAUACUCAUCUCCCUCUGACGCCAAGCCGCAAGUCAGGCACUAACACCGCCUGCGGCAGCCGACCCAGUCGCUGGCGACUCUAGCCGGGUUUCCUGGAGUGGGGAUCGCGCGCGCUGUCCCUGGUCGUAUCCCAAAGGACGUCCGACCAGUUUAACAUCGGGCAUGGUCGACUGCUGAUGCGAUCAUCUCUCUAUAUUAUUGUCCAAUAAACGUUGAAAUGUUU